UCGUGAACGCGGCGCAGGCAUCUCCGUGCUUUGACAAAUUGGUGUUUUCUAUACUUGACAUUACAUUUGUUUUAAUCCACUAUCUGCACAGAAAAGUCCUAAAAUAAGGAGGAUAUUACACUGAAACAGGUAACAUUUGAAGAGGGCCCUGUUAAUUUGUCAGCGUGGCGUGAACAUGACUGAGGUAGCACAACAUAUUGCUGAUGUCGCAUACGACAUGGCUGAUGUGGCACAUGAUGUGUGUGAUGAAGCACACGAAAUGAGUGAUAAAGAGAACAACGACGACAUGAACGAGUUGCAUGGCCAUGUGGCACACAAAGAGGACGAUGUGGAACACGACAAGCAUGAUUUGGCACACAAAGACAAUGUGGCAUACAAAAAUAACGAUGUGUCCCAUGACGAACAUGAUGAGGCACAAGAAAAGAAUGAGGCGCACAAUGACCAUGAGGAAGAAGUUCACACCGAAGAGGAUGAGGUUCACACAGAGCCCGAGGAAGAGGAGGAGGAAGAAGAUGAGGCACACGACAGGAAUGAUGUGGAGCACAAAGAAAAUUAUACAGUUAAGGACAAGGCAAGGCAAAGGUCAAGAUCCAGGAAAGACAAGAACGAUGUGGCACAAAAUGGAGUGGCACAUGACCUGAACGAUGAGUCAGAGAAAGAAGAGAAGGACCAGUCACAGAACGUAUCUGAGGUGGCUCUGAAACAAAAGAGACUUCUGCGCUCCAAAAAGCCGGUGGCCAGGAGCUACGUGCCCCAGAUCGGUAAGGCUGACGUGAAGAACAAGUUCGAGGCCAUGCAGAAGGCCAGGGAGGAGCGCAACAGUAGGAGGAGCCUAGAGGAGCACCAGAAAAGGAAGGAGCAGUAUGUCAAGGAGAGAGAAUACAACCGCAGGAAGCAACAGAUAAAAGAACUACUCGCCUCCAGUGAUGAGGAGGAGGAGGUGAAGCCGGCCAAGGUAGAGAAAUCCUACGUCCCCAAGAUCACAGGCAGUGUGAAGGGGAAGUUUGCCGAGAUGGAGAAGCAGAGACAAGAUGAGGAGAGGAAACGGAUGGAGGAGGAGAGGAAGAAGCGCGCCGUCCAGGACAUCAUGGAGAAAGCGAAGAUGCAGAAGGAGCUGGCCAAGAAAGCCGCUGAGGAGGGAGAUGACACCAUCCUGGUCCGUGUGGUGCCGGCCAAGCCGUCACGACCUCCAGGCAGGAUCAAGAUGAACUUUGAGGACCUGGAGAAAAACCGCGAGGAAGAGCAGAAGAAGAGGACAGAGGAGGAGAAGAAGAAGCGCUACAAUGAGAACAGGCGCUCCUUCCGCGAGGCCAAGCAGAGCUCGGUCGUCCAGGAUGAGGACGAGGAACAGCCCACAGAGAAGGAGCAGGUGACUCCUGGGAAGCUAAAAAUGACGUUUGAGGAGGCUGAGAAGGAGAGGCAGGAAUGCCUGAGAAAACAGGCAGAAAGGGAGGCUAAACGACGUCUGCAGGACGAGAAGAAAGCCUUUGAGGAGGCCAAGCUGGAAAUGGGAGAAGAUGAGGAGGACUCACAAGGAGCUCAAGGCGAGAGAGAGGUCAUCCAGCCUGGUAAACUGAGGUUGAGCUUCGAGGAGCUUGAGAAACAGAGGGUAGAGAAUGAACGCAAAGCAGCAGAGGUUGAAUACAAGAAACGAAUGGAAGAGGAGAGGAAGGCUUUCGCCGAGGCCAGGAAAAUCAUGAUAGUGGAUGAAGAUGACGAGGUGUUGAUGGCCAUGCUGAACCUGGAGGGCAGCAAGCCAGGGAAGCUGUGUGUCAGCUUCGAGGACAAGGAGCGUCAGAGGAGAGAGGCGGAGGAGAAGAAAGCGGAGGAGGAGGCCAAGAGGAGGCUGGAGGAGGAGAAGAGGCUCUUCGCAGAAGCCCGCAAGAACAUGGUGCUAGAUGAGGACGAGGACGGAAUGGUCAAGAGCGAAUCCCAGGAAGCAUUGAACCCUGGAAAACUGGAGAUGAACUUCGAAGAGCUGCUUAAGCAGAAGGAGGAAGCCGAUAGGAGGUGCAAGGUGGCGGCGCGCAAAAAGAAAAUGGAGCAGGAGAAACAGGAGUUUGAACAGCUCAGACAAGAGAUGGGAGAGGACGUGGUGAAUGAGAGCUCUGAUACAGUGAGUAAGGAGUAUGAGGAGCUGAAGAAACUCAAGAGGACUGGCUCCAUCCAGGCCAAGAACCUCAAGUCCAAGUUUGAGAAGAUCAAGCAGUUGAAAGACGAGGAGAUCCAGAAGAAGAUUGAGGAUGUGAGAGCAAAGAGAAAGGCUGUAGAUGAGGAAAUCAAAGAGAGGGAAGAAGAGAGGAUCCAGGAGGAUGUUGAUGAAGGCAAAAAUGACACAGAGAAGGGGGCUGAGGAGGCUCCGUUCAGACAGAAGGUGGACAUGCGUGCACGGUUUGAACAAAUGGCCAGAGCCAGAGAGGAGGAGGAGAAGAAGAGGGUGGACGAACAGAAGCUUCAGAGGAUGCAGUUCGAGCAGCAAGAGAUUGACGCCGCUCUCCAAAAAAAAAGGGAAGAUGAGGAGGAGGAAGAGGGAAGCAUCAUCAAUAGCUCGGCAGCCUAUGAGGAUGAGGAGGACCAUGCCAGGUCGGGGGCUCCGUGGUUUAAGAAGCCCCUGAAGAACCAAUCGGUGGUGGAUGCCGAGCCAGUGCGAUUCACGGUGAAGAUCACCGGGGAGCCCAAGCCGGAGGUGACCUGGUGGUUUGAGGGGGAGAUGCUCCAGGACUGUGAAGACUAUCAGUACAUAGAGAGAGGAGAGACCUUCUGCCUCUACCUGCCAGAGACCUUCCCAGAGGACGAGGGCGAGUACAUGUGCAAGGCUGUCAACAGCAGAGGCACCGCCGCCAGCACCUGCAUCCUAACGAUAGAAACUGACGACUACUGAUGCUCUACUUUUUCUGGAACUUUCCCUGUCUCCCUCACUCCUUUUGUAAAACUUCAUCCCUCAUGGUAGGGCCAAAAAGAGGAGGAAACAGCAUUAUGCUCUCCCUUCCUUCUCGGGAUACACACAACAUGAAAAGUGCAAUAUCGUGUUGUUUACGUAUUGCUCAUCAUUCAUCACUAAAGCUGCACUUCCUUUCAGUAUUACGUUUAGGAUGAAAUCUGUGCCAAAUCACAUAUUGAUCCCCUGAGUGAUUGCUGUCACGAAUGAUGUUCAGAUUGAUUUUGUGAUCAUAACAUCAUAUAUCAAGGCUGUUCAACUCUGAUCCUGGAGGGCUGAAAAACUUCUGUUUUUCAUCCUCUCCUUCUAAUCACGGACUAAUUCAGACUUGGGACACCAGGUGAGUGCAAUUAACUACCAGGUAGAAACAAAAACCUGAAAUGUUUUGGCAUUCCAGGACCGGAAUUGAAUAACACUGUCAUAAAUCAUAACAUCUUUGCAUCAGGGAAAGUCUCCCUCCAAAGGUAAAAUUUUAGAAAGUUCAAUUUCAGAAUAUGGUGCAACCCAAUUUAAAGCCUAAUGAAAUCCCUGUAAAAUAGACACAGUAUGCAUUGCACAGUUAAUUUGCAGAAUUGGUUACUAAUAAAAUAAUGAUCUAAUUAGGAUUUUUGUUUCUUUUCAUUUUUAAUAUCUGAAUAAUUAUCUGAAAGGUUUGGUUGUAAUGUACACUUAGAUUUUUCAUAUCGCAAUAGUAUUUUUCACAUUGAGUUAAAGUACAACUCUACAGGAAAUUGAUGAUGUAAUUGUCUUGGACACUGUUGUAUGGCUUGAAAUAUAGUGACAUGUUUGUGAUAUGUUUAUUUAAAGUUUUAA